GAGCCAAUAAAAGGCAGAAACACACACGCACAGAGAGAGAGAGAGAGAGAGAGAGAGAGAGAGAGCAGAGAAGCACGGACGGAGAGGGGGAGUAUGAACAAACUGGGAUACGAUAUAUGUAGUCCAGUAGAGAACAGCUCCAGGACAAAAACACCACUCCUCUUUUCCAUAUUCCACUGCCGUUUCCUUCAUACUCCUCAGUCGUUUCGUCUUGGUCUUCUAAUACUAUAUGAUCAUUAUUCCUCCACCACCGCCACCGCAACCACCACCACUGCCGCCACCGCAACCAUCAUCAACCAACAGGUUUUUGUACUUUCCGGUCCUGACUACUAGUACUGAUCAUCGUUAUUUCCAUCGUCGACCAGGGAGCAGCAGUAGGCUGUACCUCCCCCAUCCACACACAAAUUAUAACAAGCACUCUCUCUCUUUUCCGUUAUCAGUCCGUAUAAGCGUGGACAGUGUGUGUGCGCAGUGCAGCUAAUAUUAUACCCAGCUCACCAAAACACAGCCUGUCCUUCUCUACCUAUGACACUUAUUCCCUUCCCAACUCACUCCCACCACCAUUAUUCUAAUUUCAAUUUCAAUUUCUAUUCUUAUAUCUCUCGUUACCACUUGUUCCCGCCGGUCAACCACCUCUGCCCCACCACUCCUUCCCAUCAUCAUCCUCUCCCCCACAACAAGCCCAGCCGGGGGGCCCACAUGGCCUCCGGCCCCACCACCCCACGCCAACAACAACAACAACAACAGCGCAAGGACAAGCUUCUCAUUAUCAUGGGCGCCACAGGCGCCGGCAAGUCCCGCCUCUCCCUCGACCUCGCCACCCGCUUCCCUUUCUUCGAAAUCGUCAACUCCGACAAAAUGCAACUCUACGCCGGUCUCGACAUCACCACCAACAAGCUUCCCAUCCCCGACCGCCUUGGCGUCCCCCACCAUCUCCUCGGCGAGUUCGACCCUCGCCACGGCGAUUUUACGCCCGGCCAAUUUCGAGCCGUGGCCGGUCAAGCCAUUUCCAGCAUUACGAAUCGAAGGAAGGUGCCGAUGCUCGUCGGCGGCUCCAACUCCUUCAUUCAUGCGCUCCUCGUGGACCGGUUCGAACCGGGCUCCAAUGUCUUCGAACCAGGUUUCAACGCCUCUGUCUCUUCCGAGCUCAGGUAUAAUUGCUGUUUUCUGUGGGUGGACGUGUCGUUGGCGGUCUUGACUGAGUACUUGUGCAAGCGAGUGGACGAAAUGCUCGACUCGGGGAUGUUGGACGAGUUGGCCGAGUUCUGCGACCCGGAUCGCCAGGACGAAGACGAAUCGACGACGAGUCAGACAGCGUUGAGAAAGGCGAUUGGGGUGCCCGAGUUCACUAGGUAUUUUAAAAGGUAUCCACCGCAGGGGAGGGGCGGGGAGGGUGAUGAUCGGGAGCGGAGGAAAGCAUACGAAGAGGCGGUGAGGGAGAUCAAGGACAACACGUGUCAGCUGGCGAAGAGGCAGAUAGAGAAGAUCCUACGGCUGAAGGGAGGAGGGUGGGACCUACAGAGGCUAGAUGCAACGGAGGCGUUUAGGGCGGUGGUUGCGACGACGUCGUCGGAUGAGGACGACGGAAAGAGGUGGUCAGAGAUAUGGGAGAGGCAGGUUGUCAAACCAAGCGUGAAGGUUGUGAAGCAAUUCUUGGAGGAGUAGGUCUUCCAGCUUUUUCCAGCUAUACACCUAUUUUUUUUAAAAACAUUUCCUCCGAGUUUUUCGUUUGUUAACAAUUUUGGGGAAAGAUUCCUCUGCACCCCUACUUCCCAAUUCCCAUACGCACCAACAAAAAACAAAGGUGAGAAUGGACUUGGGGACUUGAGGAGCGAGCUCGGGACAAUGCGACAGUGCAGUAGAAUAGAACAUGAAGAGUGGAGUGGGUUUUGGGAGGGGAGUGGAAAAAGAGGAAAAAACACAAAAUACAAGAAACCGGGAGACGAAAAAAAAGAAAAGAGAGAAACAAAAAUUUUGGGAAGCAAAAGAGUUUUUCUGAAUUCCGCAACCUUAAUUAGGAAAAUUCUGUGAAUUGUGUUUGUAUCAAUUU